UCAAACCCAGCUCUCCCCAUUUAAACAAACACAAUGACAAACAUCAUCAACUCCUGCACAAUAAUUAGUCCUCUCUCCUCUCUUCUUUCUCAUCACCUCUCUUCUUUAUUGGUUUAUAUUUUUUUCUUGUCCAUCUCUGUUCUGGCGCGACUACUCUGUUUUAAGUUAACGGUACGUGUUUACAACUUUUAUUUACUUUCUUGGAAACUUGGAAAGAAAGCAAUGGAGUUUACUAGUUUUUAUCACCCAUCGUCUCUAAGCGUUUGGGAGUUUGGAGAUUUGAUGGCGGCGGAGAGGGAUUCAUUUGAGUUAUUAGGUUCUCAGCAACAUCAUCAGCUUCAGGGCAUUGCUGCUGCUUCACCUCAUUCCUUCCUUCUUGAAACGCUCCAACCGCAAACGCAACCGUUUGUUAAACUGCCUUCUGCUGAUUCAACUAUCUUUCAAGCUCCACCGUCAAACGGUGACGCGACUGCAGAUAAGUCAGUGACGUCAAGGGUGGAAUCUUUUUGUUCGGAUCAUUUUCUGAUAAAUUCACCGGCGACACCUAACUCCUCCUCGUUUUCUUCGGCGUCAAGCGAGGAUGCAAACGAAGAGAAAGCUAAAAGAGAAGACCAAGAAGAAGAAGAGGGACAUAAGAAGAGUGAUACUAAUAAACAGGUGAAACCAAAGAAUAAUAGCCUGAAGAGACAGAGAGAGCCAAGAGUAGCCUUCAUGACAAAGAGUGAGGUUGAUCAUCUCGAAGAUGGUUAUCGCUGGAGAAAAUAUGGUCAGAAAGCAGUCAAAAACAGUCCUUUUCCUAGGAGUUACUACCGUUGCACAACAGCUUCAUGUAACGUGAAGAAGAGAGUAGAGAGAUCAUUCAGAGAUCCAAGCACUGUGGUUACGACCUACGAAGGUCAACACACACACAUUAGUCCACUCAUGUCUCGUCCAGUCCCCGGUGGAGGCUUCUUCGGAUCGUCAGGAGUUGCUUCAAAUCUUGGUGGUAACUUUGGGUUUCCAAUGGAGAGCUCAACACUAAUAUCUCCUCAGUUCCAACAGCUUGUCCAUUACCACCAACAACAAGAAGUCUUGUCUUGUUUUGGAGGAGUCGGACAGUACGUUAACAGCCACACACAUGGGUAUGGUGAUGAUGAACGUGUGAAGAAGAGUCGAGGUUUGGUUAGAGAUAAUGGACUUCUUCAGGAUGUUGUCCCGUGUCAUAUGUUGAAGGAAGAGUAGUUAUAGUCUCUAUUUAGUAUUGUAAUAUGUAUAAAUUAAGGUUUUGUUUGUAUAAUUGUUUUAAAGAAACGGAUCACUUCGUUUUCAUGAGGCAGAUGUAGAUCUAAAAGUCCUAAGGUAAUGUCACCUACUGAUGUUUUUUUCAGCGAUGCAACCAUGCAUAACUAGGCAAGAAAAUUUUAGUUUACUGCAAAACUAAAAUACUAUUAAACAUUGGUUGGUAGCAUAGUUAACUUGAAUCGCAAUCUAACAAGAAAAACAUGAAUGGCAGUAUUUUGGUAAAUAUGAUUCGCUACAACUUUUGAAUUGCAUACUAAUUUUAUAUAUUACCGAUCAUAGUCUAUAUAAAAUAUAUUUGAGGAAAAGAAAAACAUAGCAGCGAUAGUGGCAAGUCUUUUUAAUGGUUGUGAAACAUAGCAGCGAUUAAAGAUUGUGUAUUCCCCUAAGUGCAUAGACUUGUUGGAAAAGGGUAAAAAAAAGAACAAAUCCCACAAAUUAAGAAAUGAACAAAAAGUAAAAAGCAGAUUACCAUGCAUAUUAACUUUUUUCUUUAUGCUAUUUUGCAGCCAUGCGUGUGUGUGUAUAUGAAAAUGUUCAAUUGAACAGAACAAGGAAGGAAAAAAAGAAGAAGAAAAGAAACAAACUGAUGAGGUUAUACUACUUUUUGUCUAGUGAGUGCAUGGCAACGCCAUUGGAUUUAGUAUGUCUGUAUUGACCUUUACGGUGAGUGAUGAUAAUCCCAAACAGAAGGUACAUAAUCAUUGUCCCAAACAAGGCCACGUUUGCAACCGAAAGCAAAAGUACAUAAACUCUUGAUAGUUUAAAAAGUAUAUGACCAAAAGACAAACUUAGAGAGACCCACUGGUUCCUCAACAAA